AUGCAUCAUCUUUGCCUUCUUUAUUUGUCGGCAGUCGCAGUGGUAUAUGGAGCACCACAGGAAGAGCAAAACGUGUUAAACCCGCCACAUGUCGACUUAGGCUACGCACAAUACCAAGGCUCAAGGGUCGCGGUGGGGGUAGACCAGUAUCUAGGCAUGCGAUAUGCGCAGCCACCACUUGGCGAUCUAAGAUUCCGAGCUCCUCAAGAUCCACUCCCCUCUGACGACCUACAAGAAGCUUCUAGCUUCGGCCCGCUAUGUAUUGGCGUUUCGCAGAGACCAUCUGAGAGUCUUAAUGAAGACUGUUUAUUUGUCAAUGUCUUCACCCCGUCGAACGCUACGAGGGAUUCUAAACUACCCGUUUGGGUCUAUAUCCCAGGUGGUGGGUAUGCGCAGAAUACCGAUAACAAUUAUAAUGGGACGAAAGUUGUCCAAGAAUCACAGUCUAACAUCGUGCUCGUGAACUUCAACUACCGUGUUGGUGCUCUCGGUUUUCUUGCGGGCGAGCAAGUUGGGCGGGAUGGGGAUCUUAAUGUUGGCUUGUUGGACCAGAGGAAGCUGUUGUAUUGGGUUCAGAAACAUAUUAAACAGUUCGGUGGUGACCCACACCACGUCGUCCUUCACGGCACAUCCGCUGGAGGCGGCUCCAUAACCCACCACCUCGCCGCCUACGGAGGCAGAAACGACCAUCUCUUCGUCGGUGCGGCGAGCCAGUGUGCCUUUUGGCCGCCCCUAACUACGGUUUCUGAGAGGGAGUGGCAAUUCAACCGGUUCCUCGACGAUACAGGCUGUUCAAGCAGUUUGAGCCCAAUGGACUGCUUGCGGGCAGCUAAUCUCAGCACUAUUGCGGCUGCGAAUAUUGUCCAUCCCUACCCGGGCGCGCGGUCUGAGAGUCCUUUGCCGAAUUGGACUUGGUUACCUGUUAUUGAUGGGAACCUUGUGAGAGGCUCGCUGUACGAAGAGUUUGAAAUGGGCCACUUUAUUAAGGUUCCAAUGCUCAUUACCAGUACGAACGACGAAGGCACCAGUUUUGUUAGCAAUGCUGCCACUUCCGAUGACUUCUCAUUAUUCAUGAAAAACAAUUACCCCGCUCUAACUGACGGUGAACUCGACACUUUAAUCGCCACCUACCCCUUACGAUCACCAUUACCCACCAAACAACCCUGGUUCCCCUCCCUCGCAGCCGCUUACGGCGACGCCACCUUCUCAUGUCCAGGAAACCAGCUGGCCUUAUCCUUUUCCCGUUUCUACUCCCCCUGGAAAGUCUGGCGCUACAGAUUCAACGUCCAAGACCCCCCACAGGUCGCGGCUGGACUCGGGGUCCCCCACGCCUUCGACACGGAUGCGAUUUUCGGGCCGGGAUACGCUGGGAAUUAUCCAGCUUCGUUUGUGGGUGUUAAUGCGGAGGUUGUGCCGGUCACGAUGCAUUAUUAUAUUAGUUUUGUGAGGGCGCUGGAUCCGAAUCGGUAUAAGGCUGGAGAGGCGCCGGUGUGGCAGUCGUGGGGGGUGGGGAGGAAUCAGCAGUUGAGGGUGGAAACUAAUGGGACGGUGAUGGAGGAUGUGCCUGAGAAUAUGACGGAGGUAUGUGGGGUUUUGAGGUCUUUGACUGGUCCGAUGAGGUUGUAGGGUUGUGAGAUGUGCCGAGUGCCGUUGGCAGAGUUGUGGUGGUUGAUAACACGAUACUUCAAAUUUAGCGCUGAGCACUUAUUAUUAUAUCUACAAUAUCAUGCAAAAUUA